AUGCCUGAACAUUUGGAACUUCAACACCUUGUCGACCUGUCGGCGGGAAGCGGCGAUGAAACACUCCCUAAUUUACUUGAAAACAAGAGACCUUUGAUAAAAAGAUGCCCAUACCUCGGUCUGAUACUGGCGACACUCUCAUCAUUAUUUUUUUCGUUAUGUUCGGUCAUUGUGAAAAGCCUAGACAAUAUUCAUCCGAUGCAACUUGCUAUGUUUCGUUUUGUUGGAGUUUUGUUACCAACUGUCCCUAUAGUGAUCUAUACAGAGCAGCCAAUCUUUCCUGAAAAGAAACGGCUACUUUUAGUAUCACGAUCACUUGUUGGCACAUUCGGUUUAGCAUUCAGUUUCUAUGCUUUCCAUUAUAUGCCAUUAGCUGACGCAUCUGUCAUAGUAUUUUCAGUACCAGUGUUUGUUGCAUUAUUUGCAAGAAUUAUCUUAAAGGAACCAUGUGGUAUUUGGAAUGUAAUAUCUAUUGUGUUAACUCUUAUUGGAGUUAUAUUAAUCACCCAUCCACCGUUUUUAUUUGGUGAUGACCCAGAUGCUGAACACAAUCCUAAAUAUGAUAGUACAAGAGGUGCUAUCGCAGCAUUCCUCUCAACAAUAAUAGGCGCUAAUGCCUAUGUUCUACUUCGUAUGUUAAAAGGGUUACAUUUUUCCGUAAUCAUGACUAACUUUGGUGCUAUUGCAAUAUUACAAACGUUUCUGUAUUCAUUAAUAUUUGGAGUUUUAUGUAUGCCCAAUUGUGGCACUGAACGUAUUCUUGUUGUUUGUUUGGCACUGUUUAGUUAUUUAGGCCAAAUAUUGUUGACAAUGUCAUUGCAAAUGGAACAAGCUGGUCCCGUCGCCAUUGCUCGUUCUGCCGAUAUAGUGUUUGCGUUUUUUUGGCAGGUUAUGUUUUUUAAUGAGAUUCCCGGUAAGUUCUCUAUCUGUGGAGCUGUAUUAGUUUUGAGUUCAGUAAUGCUGGUUGGAUUACGUAAAUGGGCACUAGCAUUGCCAGCUGAUUCACAAUUAAAAAGUAAACUAGGUGUGCUGGCACGAUAA